AUGGUGAAUAUCAGGCCAGCCCGGGUAGAUGACCUCAUGGGUAUGCAGGCGUGCAACCUGCACAACCUCCCUGAAAACUACACCCUGAAAUACUACAUGUACCACUCCCUAACAUGGCCUCAACUAUCCUAUGUUGCGGAAGAUGAGGGCAAGGUCGUGGGGUAUAUCUUGGCGAAGAUGGAAGAGGAUGUACCGGAAGGCGACGAGCCCCAUGGGCAUGUCACCUCUAUCUCCGUCUUGCGAUCUUACCGCCGGCUGGGUCUUGCAAACAGGCUCAUGAUACAGUCUCAGGAGGCGAUGGCGACGGUCUACAAGGCGGCAUACGUCUCGCUACACGUCCGCAAGUCAAAUCGGGCAGCGCUGGGUCUCUACCGCGACACCCUCGGCUUCACCGUGAAAGACAUCGAAAAGGGUUACUAUGCCGAUGGCGAAGAUGCGUACGCCAUGCGUCUCUCGCUCAAGCACCUUGCGAGGUAG